AUGCAGAUCCAGGCUUCCGUCGCGGCGCUCACGCUCGCUCUGGCCGCGUUCACCGUCGAGGCCUCCGUGCCCGUGACCGUCGUCAACCAGUGCAGCGAGAGCAUCGACCUGUAUGACAACUCGGCCACCGAGACCGUCGCGGCCGGCGGCUCCACCUACCGCACGCUGUCUGAGGGCUUCAGCGGCAUGUUCCGUAACGGCGCCAGUCCCCAGGCCACUCUGGCCGAGUUCGCCGUGACCGGCGGCUUCUUGUGGUACGACAUCAGUAUCAUUCCCACGGGCGCAGUUGGCCCUGGCUACUGCGGGUCGCUGGACGAGUGCAAGGCGGUGACGGGCGGCACGGGCUACAACACCCCGAUGCAGAUCGCCCCGUCGGGCUGCCAGACCGUCACGUGCCUCAACGACGGCUGCGCCGACGCCUACCAGUACCCUAAGGAUGACACCAAGACCCACGCGUGCUCGGACACCACCAGCGUCGUGCUGACCUUCUGCCCCGGCGGCUCGGGCGCCUCGACCUCGACGUCGCAGAACAGCUACGUGCAGCAGAGCGCCCCCGCUCCCACGACGGCUGCCCCCACGGCUGCUCCUACGCCGGCCCCCACGGCUGCUCCUACGCCGGCCCCUACUCCUGCCCCUACGCCGGCCCCCACUCCUGCCCCUACGCCGGCCCCCACUCCUGCCCCUACGCCGGCCCCCACUCCUGCUCCAACGCCGGCUCCGACCCCGGCACCGACUCCGGCACCCACGCCGGCACCGACCGAGGCCCCUACGACCCAGCCUCCCACGGAAGCCCCCACCACCCAGCCGCCUACGGAAGCCCCUACUACUCAGCCGCCGAUUGAGGCUCCGACUUACGCGCCGUCCAACUCGACGACGUCUAACGAGACCGAGCAGCAGGCGGCCACGGUGGCGCCCGAGAAGGAGACCAAGACCGGCACCAAGACCGGCACGACUACCACUUCGUCUGCCACGAAGGACUCGUCGUCUCCGGCCGCGCAGGUGGCUACGCCCGAGGCCACGACGGCCACCAAGUCGACGGGUGCCGAGUCUACUACUCAGAACGAGUCUUCCACCGACAACACCCAGAGCGCCAACACGCAGAGCGAGGAGUCGUCGGGUACCAGUGCCGGCACGUACGUGGCAACGGGACUGGGCGGCUGUGCCGUCGUGGCUGCUGUGGCCAUGGUGGCUGUUAUUCGCAAGAAGAAGCAGGAGCUGGACGCCGUGGACGACAAGGAGUACACCCAGGACGGCCUCAUGACGCCCGUGACGCAGAUCAACGUGCUGUAA